GGGGCCCGGCAGGGUGGAAGCUGCCGGGACGCCUUGAGGGAGAGCGGGCGUGGGGCCAGCGCAGGGCGCAGAGCAUCCCGGGCUGGGCGAGGGGUUCCCGAGCCCCGGCACGGCCUCAGCCCCACUGACGGCAUCGUGCUCCUCCCGCAGCCCGACGGCACCAGCGCACCCCUGGAGGUCGUGCUGCUGGCCAAGGUGUCCACUGGCUUCCCCGGUGUCGUCCAGCUGCUGGAGUGGCUUGAGCUCCCCAACGACAUCGUGAUGGUGCUGGAGCGCCCAAAGCGGUCUCAGGACCUGCACCAUUUCAUUCGGGCACGGGGGUUCCUGUCCGAGGAGGUGGCGCGGGACCUGUUCCGCCAGGUGCUGGAGGCCGUGCGGCACUGCACCAGCUGCGGGGUCCUCCACAGGGAUAUCAAACCACAGAACAUCCUGGUCGACCUGGCCACCGGGGAGGCUAAAUUGAUCGACUUUGGCUGUGGCACCUACCUGCAAGACACAGCCUACAUUCACUUUGCAGGAACACGGUCAUACAGCCCCCCGGAAUGGACCCACUUUGGCUGGUACUAUGGCAAGCCAGCUACCGUCUGGUCCCUGGGCAUCGUGCUGCACCAGAUGGUCUGCGGGGAGCACCCUUUCAGGUGGUGCCAGAACAUCAGCUGGGACCAUCAGCUCUCGCUGCCACAACGGCUCUCUCCAGAGUGCCAAGAUCUGAUCAGGCGGUGUUUAUCCAUGCUGGACAUCGAAAGGCCCUCGUUAGAAGAGCUGUUGUGUGAUCCCUGGAUGCAGGACAUUCAUCUGCCCUAGAAGAAGGGAGAGAGCCACAGGCACACUCUGAUGCAGGGCCCUGCUGGGGCCCUGGGCAGAACCCUGACAGCCUGGUCUCAGCCCCAGGGAAGGAGAAGGAGCCCCUGGAGAAGCUGUAGCAGGUGGGGCUGCUGCUGCUGGAGACAGCGAGGACGACAUCAAGGAUGACAACCUCUUGCUCCACCUGGUCACGGGCAAGCUGAAGAUGAUGGCACUUUGAUUCUGGCACCUUCUCCAAAGCCAGGCUCCACAGGGAAUUUGCAGAUGAGUCCACACGCAGGGGAUGCUCCCAGAUUUGGGCAUUGCACAGCCUGGCCGGGAACACAAGGUUCCCCCUUUGCUGGGGCGGAUGCAGCUGAUCCUCCAGUCGGCUGCCCAGCUGCUUUUGGCAGGGCUUGGGGCAUGGGCUGGGGUGGGUACAAAAUGGGAGUGGGCUCCUGGCCCUGCCAACAGCCCCAACCACCCUCCAGGCCCUGGGCUGGGGCUGGGGCUGGGGCAGCCAGCGCAACACAAACCAACCCCCAUGGUGGGAGCAGAGGUGGGACUCCAGAACCUGUGCAGGGGCUGCUUUGCUUUGCAGGCAAGGAAGGGCUUGGGCUGCUCCCCUGCCCUUGUUUGCUUUGGGAUCACUCUUAUUUUGGGGGGCAGUGCAGGGGGAAGGGAGAAAGCCUGGGCUUCCUUCACCGUGGGUGGGGUUUUCCCUGGCAUGCAGGGGUUGCGCCUUCCUCAAGCCCCAGACAGAGAGAAGAUUUUUGACCUUUUUUCUUGUUUCCCCUUUUUGUCUGUAAUCUAUUUUCAAUCAUUUGUUGUGUGUUUCUCUAGAGGAAGCGUUCUAGGUUGGGUCCAGUCUGGAUGGGGAAGUGCUUGGGAGCAGCUGCAGCGUGGAUGGGCCGUGCCCUUGGA